UGAAAUUAAGGAUAGACUGAACAAUUUUAAUGGCCUUUUUAUCACCUACCAACUUUCCCUUAUUAUAAUUGAAGUAACUCAAAGGUGGUAGGGGUUAAAAUGGACAUUGUCUAUUGCUGUUAGUCUUUCUUGAAACAAUUGAAAUCGUAGCGCUUCAAGAUUGCCGGGUACUUUUGGCGGCGGCUGCAGUUGUUGCGCGUGUGUCUUAAGACGGACUACGUCUUCCAAUAUUCCUUGUGCGUUACCUUCAUUCUCUCCUGUCUUUAUACAUAAUGAAAAUUAUAAAAUCGUCUGAAACUGUUAAGGUGCCUCCAGGCAUAAAAGUAAAGGCCAUUAAAAGAGUGGUUUACGUCAAAGGUCCUCGUGGGUCACUGAAACGCGACUUCGGUCAUUUAUCCCUAGACAUCAAAGUUUUCUCAAAAAAGAUUGUUGUAACGAAGUAUUUCGGCAACAGAAAAGAGCUGGCUGCUGUUCGAACAGUUUGUUCCCAUAUUGGAAAUAUGAUAAAAGGUGUUACAUCUGGAUAUCGUUAUAAAUUGAAAUCCGUUUAUGCCCACUUCCCCAUCAACAUGAUUCCAUCCAACGAUGGUUCCAAAUUGGAGAUCCGCAACUUUUUAGGAGAAAAAGCCAACAAACUUGUACCUAUGGAACCAGGUGUGAAAAUCUCCGCCACUGGAGUGAAAGAUGAAAUUCAGGUUGAGGGCAAUGAUAUUGAAAAAGUCGCAAAAUGUGCUGCCCUCAUUCAACAGUCCUGCAAGGUCCGACACAAGGAUAUUCGUAAAUUCCUUGAUGGUAUUUAUGUAUCUGGCAAAGAAGCUAUUGUAGCUAAUUGAAUAAAAUAUAGCUAACCUCGGAACAUGACUUCUGGUUUUUCAUGGGUGAGCACUCGUAUGUAUCUACUAGUCUCGGUACUUUGUAGGAAAUGGUUGUUAGUGACCGUUUCCUGGUGUCAUUCAUUCAUAGGUUCAUAGGGAGUUACUGCUAGUUGUAAAGACUUUGAACUUGAUAUCCCCCUCUCAUUUUGUUAAGGGAUUUAGCCGCUUGUUUUCUGGUGGCUUAUUAGUUGUAUUAUGGCCUUUGGGAAUGUUAUUUUUGGACAGUAAUCGAUAGGUUUCGCGAUUGCUUCCGAUAUUCCCAAGUUAACCUGACGGACAAUCAAGCCGAAGUGCCAGGUUGCUCCCUUCUAAGGUAUGUUGGUUUGUCUUUCAUUAUUAGGUCUAGGAAUAACUGGGGAGUGUGUAGAGAUACUCUAGUCCUGGCAUUUGGCCGACUUAGCUGACCGGUUUAUAUUUCUGAAUACCAGUCUUACAUUAUUCCAAAACGUGCCAGGCGUUUUGUGCAGGCAACCCACCAGAUGCACCGCGUAUAUUGGCCCUGUCUAGGUCUAAAAAAUUCGAGUAAAGUUAACCCCAUUGAAGUAUACAAUAUUUAUUGCAUCCGUUAUCAUUUAUGACAUUCUUCUAGAGAUAAGAUUAUUGAGUGGGUUUGCUGAGUGUAUUGAUUACACAAUAUGAUUUAAGCAACAUUGCGCGUAUUCAUGGAUAUUAGAAUAGACUUAUAGGCUAAGCAAAAUACCAGGUGAUUUUUUUAGUGUCUAGUUUUCAUUUAUUAUCGACAGUUAUCAUUUAUUUGCUAAAUAUCUCAGCGAAUUAAAGUUGGGAUAGUGUGUCAGGUUAUAAUACUUCGACGCCUAAUCAAAGCUCGUGAAGAGCAGAUUAGAGAAAACCAGGCCGGUUUUAGACCUGGACGUGGUUGUAUAGAUCAGAUAUUCACACUACGUCAGGUUCUAGAACACACACUCAGACGCCCCACAAUGGUAGUAUUUCUCGACCUUAAGGCGGCAUUCAACUCGGUUGAUCGUGAGGUUCUAUGGCAGUGUUUGUCACUAAAGGAGUACCAAAGAAGUACAUUAACCUUAUAUAGGCUCUCUACUCGAACACAACUGGUAGAGUGAGAGCUUAUGGCGAACUGUCAUCAGAAUUGAUUACCUCAAGUGGUGUUCGUCAGGGCUGUCCACUCUCCCCAUUCUUGUUCAACUUUGUGGUCGACAUACUUUUAGAGAUAACACUCUCCUCAUCUAAAUUUCCAGGGGUUGAACUUCUACCGGGAGGUUCACUUGUUGACUUAGAAUAUGCUGAUGACAUAGUUUUAUUUGGUGAAGACGCUGACAAAAUGCA